AUGCCACAGUACACAUUUGAAAUGGCAAUGACUUGCGACGGAUGUGCUAAUGCUGCUCGUCGAGUCUUAGGAAAACUCGGAGAGGACAAAGUGACAAUAGAAAAGAUCGAUGUAGGUACGAAACAAGUGGUAGUUACCACUGAUCUGCCCGCCAGUGACAUACUGGAGGCGCUGAAGAAGACUGGAAAGGAAAUUAAGCAAUUAUAA